AUGGACAACGAUGGACAACGAUGGACAACGUUGGACAACGUUGGACAACGUUGGACAGCGUUGCCUCACGAUAAUCAACAUGAUUUAAUAUUAAGAUCUAGAAUAAGUCAAUUUAAGACUUCUUCGAUGGACUACGAUGGACUACGAUUGACUUGGAUGGACUUGGAUGGACUUGGAUGGACUUGGAUGGAGUUGGAUGGAAUUGGAUGGACUUGGAUGGACUUGGAUGGACUUGGAUGGACUUGGAUGGACUUGGAUGGACUUGGAUGGACUUGGAUGGACUUGGAUGGAGUUGGAUGGACUAGGAUGGACUAG